AACCAAAACAAUCCCGAAGCACCACGUCAAGAAUUCAAUUUGGUGAAAAGAUCGUGCGAUAUCCGCGAGAUUAUCAGUUCAGUUCCAUUCAAAACGUGUUCUGUGGUCUGUUUUUAGUUGUGUGUAAUGUUAAAAGUUCGUGGCUAAAACGCGCAACAGUUGUCCAAAAUGUGUUCCGUUUGCGAGGGCUCCGCCGAGGGCCUGGUCACGCGAAAGCGCACCCAUUCCGGAGGCGGAAGGAGCGCCGGUAGCAAGCGAAAGUGGCACCGUCGGAUGGGUGGACUGUCGUUUUUGAUCUUCUUCGUUAUUGGUUCGCUUUUUUCGGGGUUGAUGUUUGCGCUGUUGAGCUACGCGCCGAGUGAUCGUUCGCGGGUCACUCCGCACUACCUGCCGGACGGACGCUUUCUGCAGAUUGCGGACGAAGCUCGUGUGUUGGAGCCGUACCUAUCGGCGGCGGUACGGCUUCCGGACAGUUUGAACGGAACUCCUGCGGGGAAGCAGCAGCAAACGGCUCGUUCCAACGAGCAGGAGGCGCUCAGUUCGUUGAAAGUGGCCGUUGAGAUGAAGCUGAUGGGCAAGGACGAUAAGGCUCUGCGGUUGUUCCAGCACGCGAUGGCCCUUUCACCGCGACAUCCGGAAAUUCUCACCAAGUACGGUGAAUUCCUCGAGCACAGCCAGCAGGACAUCGUUACGGCGGAUCAUUACUACUACCAAGCGCUCACGGUCAAUCCGUCCCACUCGGAGGCGCUGGCGAACCGCCAGCGGACGGCCUCGAUCGUAGAACACCUCGACCAGAAGCGGUUCGAACGGCUGGACAAGAAGCGCGAUGCGUUGUCGUCGGUGCACGCCCUCGAUGCUGGCCUCAAGCGGGCGGAAAAGGAAGCUUACAUUCAGCACAUUUACCACUCGGUGGGCAUCGAAGGCAACACGAUGAGCCUGGCCCAGACGAGGUCGAUUCUGGAGACGAAGAUGGCUGUGGACGGGAAGAGCAUCGACGAGCACAACGAGAUUCUGGGGCUGGACGCGGCCAUGAAGUACAUCAACGCGACGCUCGUUAACAAAAACGACUUCAUUACCCUCAAGGACCUGCUGGAGAUCCACCGGCGCGUGCUCGGCCACGUUGAUCCCGUUGAGGGCGGCGAGUUCCGGCGCACCCAGGUGUACGUCGGGGGUCACAUUCCGCCCGGGCCGGGCGACCUUUCGAUCCUGAUGAGUCGCUUCGAGGGUUGGCUCAACGCCGAGCAGUCCUUCCUGAUGCACCCGGUGCGGUACGCCGCGAUGGCCCACUACAAGCUGGUGCACAUCCACCCGUUUAGCGAUGGGAACGGGCGCACUUCGCGGCUGUUGAUGAACACGCUGCUGAUGCGGGCCGGUUAUCCGCCGGUCAUUAUUCAGAAGCAGCACCGGCACAAGUACUACGACUAUCUGCAGGUUGCGAACGAGGGCGAUAUUCGGCCGUUUGUGCGGUUCAUCGCGGACUGUACGGAGCGGACGCUGGAUUUGUACCUGUGGGCGACGAGCGAGCUGUCCCAUCCGGUGCCGCUGCUGGCCCAGGAGGAAAUGGGCGGGGCGAUUGGCGAGCGGGAGCACGGAUUUGGGCGGGAGGGCGGCAGCACGGUGCACGAGGGCAGCGGAACCGGGGACAGCAUUCGGAUAGGGACCAUGUGAUGUUUGCUUGCCUCGGUGCUCAUCAUAGCGAUUGUGUUGCUGAUGUUGCGCAAAAAGAACCAACCGAUGGUCGUGUUGGUUGCAAUCUGAGAUGAAAUGUCGAAUGUUCCUUACGUUGGUAAUCACGGUAAGCUCAAACCAAACUAGGAAAGUAGUGUGAAUGCGAGGGGGCGUCCAGCUGUGAAUAUUAAAAAAAAAGUAACUUAUGUCGGUUUUUAAAGUAGAAGAGUUAAAAAAGUUUUUGAUCUAUCGAACUGUUACCGUGUUAAUAAUCGUAUAAGAAAGAUUUGUAUAAAUAAGUAGGUAACAAGUUUAAACAAAGUCGUGUCAAAAUAAAAUACCCUAAAUAAUUAUUAAAUUAUUCAAUAAAAAAAAUAACAGUUGUGUGAGCAAUUUUCAAACACAUUUUGUGAGUGGGCUGGAACCAGAAACGCACAACCCGUUUGCAGUGCUCCCAAUAUGUAGGAUUUCAUAGGCAUUUGUAAAAGUAAAAUAAAUGAUUCAAAAAUAAUCGUAUUAAUGCUUUGUCGUUUGAUCAAACUCUAAACUUCUGAAGGUAAAAUUGGAGUUUCGCCAAAGCGGCAAAGCAAAUACCCCAACGCACAUUGUUUAUCCCCAAGAAAUAAUUUAUGUCGUGUGUAUGCCUUGUUUGUACAGUGAGUAAUUAUAGCCGGAAGUAUUUAUUAACAAGAUUAGCAGUAAUACCAACCUUACGACUGUGAUUUUGCUGAAGUUUUCGGCACCUCUGUAAAGCGUUAUAACAUUAGCCCCAUUACACCCUUGUUUAUGCGAAA